ACGUCUGUGUCUUCCUGCUGUCCUACCUUGCCAGUGACAGGCUCUUUCCAUCCAGCCGCCUGUGCAGAAGCAGAGUCCUCCAGGCCAGUAUAGCACCUUGUGCUCUCCUUUGCUCCUUGCUUCUCCGUGGGAGAGGGAAAAGGCUCUGGAGAUGGACUUGUCCUACAGAUCCACCAUCUCCAUCUAUAAGAGUAUCCUGGAGCAGUUCAACCCUGCGCUGGAGAACCUGGUGUACCUGGGGAACAACUACCUGCGUGCCUUCCACGCAUUAUCCAAAGCGGCUGAAGUGUAUUUUAAGGCAGUCGAGAAGAUCGGGGAGCAAGCGCUUCAGAGCGCCACCUCACACGUGCUGGGUGAAAUUCUGAUGCAGAUGUCUGACAUGCAGAGACUCCUGAGCUCUGAUUUGGAAGUUGUGGCUCAGACCUUCCACGUGGACCUGCUGCAGCACAUGGAGAAGAACACCAAAAUGGAUGUGCAGUUCAUCAGUGAAAGCCAGAAGCAGUAUGAGCUGGAGUACCAGCGCAGAGCCACCAACCUGGAUAAGUGCAUGGCAGAGCUGUGGAGAAUGGAGAGGGCCCGUGAUAAAAACGUCCGGGAGAUGAAGGAGAAUGUGAUGCGACUGCGCUCGGAGAUGCAGAUGUUCGUCUCUGAGAGCCAGAGGGAAGCUGAGCUGGAGGAGAAACGCCGCUACCGCUUCCUGGCUGAAAAGCACCAGAUGCUCUACAACACUCUCCUCCAGUUCUACAGCAGGGCUCGGGGUGUGAUCCAGACCAAGGCACCACAGUGGAAGGAGCAGCUGGAGGCCAGCCGCAACCCCUCAAACAGCCACUCACAGGGGCUCCUCAUGGCCUCCCAUGGCCAGGGGUAUCCAUUGGGCCGGCUGACCCCCACCCACCUUGAGAUGCCCCAGAGACCCCUUGGGGACUUUGCUUCUCCCAUGUCUGGGAGUAGAUCCAGCAUGUUCUCACCGGAGCCUCCAGAAAUGAGACUGUCUCCUCAACCGGAGCCUCCCAGGCGGCCACUGCGGAGGACACCAUCAGCCAGUUUGCUCCCUACCGGCCGUACCUCCCGUUCGGGUUCCUUCGGCGAGGCCAGCAGCGGCAGUGAAGGCAGGAGGAGGAGUGGCACGGCAAGAGUGCAGGCUAUCGUGCCCCACGCCACAGGCGCCAACCGGACCCUGCUGCGGUUUGACCCCGGGGAUGUCAUCGCGGUGCUGAUGCCGGACGCGCAGAACGGCUGGCUGUACGGCAAGCUGGAGGGCUCCUCCACAUGUGGCUGGUUCCCUGAAGCUUAUGUCAAGCCUCUGGAGGAUGCAAGGGAGAUGGAGGAGCCAGCCACCAGGUCCUUCCCACUGCGAAGCAGUCACAGUAUGGAUGACAUCCUGGACCGUCCCAGCACUCCUUCCUCUAGCAAUUACUGGCCUGCUGCUGCCCAGCCAAGUUUGCCGAACCCACCUCCCCUCUCAGUGGGUACCAGCAGUCACCAGAGUGGAGUGGCCACCCCAGUCAGUUCUGGCUCCAAGAAAUCAGGAGUAUUUGACCAUCCCCCUGAACUCUUCCCACGAGGUACCAAUCCAUUUGCCACAGUCAAGCUGCGUCCCACAGUCACCAACGACCGCUCGGCACCAAUCAUCCGAUGA